GCUUCCGGGCCGCAGUUUGGGCUGCCUCCGCGGCGGUGUAUAUGGAACUAAAGCCCAGAGGUUUCAACUGUCUGCAGGCCUGGGCACCAUGGCUGUAUUCCGGUCGGGCCUCCUGGUGCUGACUACGCCUCUGGCCUCCCUGGCACCUCGCCUGGCUCCCAUCCUGACCUCGGCGGCCCGCUUGGUAAAUCGUACACUCUAUGUACACCUGCAGCCAGGCAUGAGCCUGGAGGGUCCGGCACAGCCCCAGUCCAGCCCCGUGCAGGCCACGUCUGAGGUUCUGGAUUUCAUCACGCACCUGUAUGCUGGCGCUGAUCUGCAUAGGCACCUGGACAUCAGAAUGCUGCUGACUAAUAUCCAAGCCAAGAGCGCCUUUCUGCCUCCUCUGCCCACUUCAGUGCAGAAUCUGGCCCACCCGCCAGAAGUAGUGCUGACGGAUUUCCAGACCUUGGAUGGAAGCCAGUACAAUCCCGUUAAACAGCAACUAGAGCGAUAUGCCACCAGCUGUUACAGCUGUUGUCCGCACCUGUCUUCAGUACUGCUAUACCCUGAUUAUGGGACUGGAGAGCAGCCCGUGGAGCCCCUGGAUGCCCCUUUACCCUCCACCAUCAGACCAGCUUCCCCGGUAGCCCGGUCUCCAAAGCAGCCUGUGCGUGGCUACCACCGUGGGGCUGUGGGUGGCACGUUUGACCGCCUGCACAAUGCCCACAAGGUGUUGCUCAGUGUUGCAUGUGUCCUGGCCCAAGAGCAGCUUGUGGUGGGAGUAGCAGACAAAGAUCUGUUGAAGAGCAAGUUGCUCCCUGAACUGCUCCAACCUUAUACAGAACGCGUGGAACAUCUGAGUGAGUUCCUGGUGGACAUCAAGCCCUCUUUGGCUUUUGAUAUCAUUCCCCUACUGGACCCCUAUGGGCCGGCUGGCUCUGACCCCUCCCUGGAGUUCCUGGUGGUCAGCGAGGAGACCUAUCGUGGGGGGAUGGCCGUCAACCGCUUCCGCCUUGAGAAUAGCCUGGAGGAGCUUGCCUUGUACCAGAUCCAGCUACUGAAGGAUGAAAACCACAAGGAGAACGAAGAGGAUAAAGUCAGCUCCUCCACCUUCCGCCAACGAAUCCUGGGGAACCUGCUUCGGCCUCCAAAUAAGAGGCCAGAACUCCCCUCAGGUCUCUACGUGCUUGGGCUGACCGGCAUCAGUGGCUCUGGGAAGAGCUCAGUAGCUCAGCGGCUGAAGGGCCUGGGGGCAUUUGUCAUCGACAGUGACCACCUGGGCCAUCGGGCCUAUGCCCCAGGUGGCCCUGCCUACCAGCCUGUAGUGGAGGCCUUUGGAACAGAUAUUCUCCAUAAAGAUGGCAUCAUCAACAGGAAGAUCCUCGGCAGCCGGGUGUUUGGGAACAAGAAGCAGCUGAAGAUACUCACAGACAUUAUGUGGCCAGUUAUCGCAAAGCUGGCCCGAGAGGAGCUGGAUCUCGCUGUGGCUAAGGGAAAGAAUGUGUGUGUGAUUGAUGCUGCCAUGUUGCUUGAAGCCGGCUGGCAGAACAUGGUACAUGAGGUGUGGACCGUUGUCAUCCCUGAGACUGAGGCUGUACGACGCAUUGUAGAGAGGGAUGGCCUCAGUGAAGCUGCUGCUCGAAGCAGGCUGCAAAGCCAGAUGAGUGGGCAGCAGUUAGUGGACCAGAGCCACGUGGUACUGAGCACUUUGUGCGAGCCACAUAUCACCCAAGGCCAGGUGGAAAAAGCCUGGAAUCUUCUGCAGAAGCGCAUCCCUAAGACUCAUCAAGCCCAGCCCUGACAAUAAGUUCUCUGUGGGGUCAGACUAGCCCCUGGAGCUGACAGAUGCAGUGGAGAGGAGGAGAGGGAGCUGUAAUACUCACACUGUGUCAGGCCUAGAGGGCUUCAGGCUAAGCUGUGCAGGACAUGGCUGGGCCUAGUAAACGCAGGAUGCCUACCUGGCAUCCCGGUAUUAGACCAACAGUGAGAACGUGGCUUAUGGGGAAGCAGGCCCCUCUGGGUUUCAUCCCAUUCUUGCCCAUGAGGUGUUUGAUGCUCACUGCUGACUGGGGUCAGGGCAAACACUGGAACAUGUAACAGAAUUA